AUGCCGGAAUUAACGACAGAUGAAAAACCAAAAUCAUCGGAACAAAUCGAUUUAGAAGAAGCUGAAAAUGCUUUAACAGAAAAAGAUUAUAAAACAGCAAGAGCUUUAUUAGAAAAAUUGGUUAAACUAGAAGCUAAAUCUGAUGAUGAAGAAUCAAUACGUAUUAAAGAAUCAGCUAUCCUCGCACUUGGAAAACUUUUUAAAGAAACUAAAGAUGCUAAACCUUUGGCAACAUUAAUAAAAACUACUCGUCCAUUUCUUGGUCUUGUUAGUAAAGCAAAAGCAGCUAAACUUGUUCGAACAUUAGUUGAUCUAUUUCUUGAUAUGGAAGCAGAUACUGGUGAAGAAGUUUCAUUAUGUCAAGACAAUAUCGAAUGGGCUAAAAAUGAAAACCGAACAUUUCUUCGACAGGAUCUUGAAGCUCGUUUAGUGGCUUUGUAUUAUGAUACAAAAAAAUAUAAUGAAGCACUUAUACUUGGUUCUCAAUUACUUAAAGAAUUAAAAAAACUUGAUGAUAAACAAUUACUUGUUGAAGUUCAAUUAUUAGAAAGUAAAACUUAUUUUGCUUUAAGUAAUAUACAAAAAGCAAGAGCUGCAUUAACAUCAGCUCGAACAACCGCCAAUGGAAUUUAUACACCACCCAAACUUCAAGCUAGUCUUGAUUUACAAUCAGGAAUUCUUCAUGGUGCUGAAGAUAAAGAUUUUAAAACAGCAUUUUCAUAUUUUUAUGAAGCUUUUGAAGGUUAUGAUCAAAUCAAUAAUAAGAAAGGUGUAACUGCACUUAAAUAUAUGUUAUUAUCAAAAGUGAUGAUGAAUCUACCUGAUGAUGUUAAUUCAUUGAUGUCUGUCAAAUUAGCAUUGAAAUAUAGUGGUCGUGAUGUUGAAGCUAUGAAAGCUGUUGCACAAGCAAGUAAAAAACGAUCAUUAGCUGAUUUUCAACAGGCAUUAAAAGAUUAUAAAACCGAAUUAUCUGAUGAUCCAGUGAUUCAUUCACAUUUAGGUACUUUAUAUGAUAAUUUACUUGAACAGAAUCUUAGUCGUCUUCUUGAACCAUUUUCUAAUGUUCAAAUUGAUCAUAUUGCACGUUUAAUUGAUUUACCUCAAGAUGUUGUCGAAAAGAAACUUUCUCAAAUGAUCUUAGAUAAAAAACUUAGUGGUAUUCUUGAUCAAGGUUCUGCAAAUAUUGUGAUUUUCGAUGAACCACAAACGGAUACUCAAUAUCAAGAUGCACUUGUUAUUGUUCAAAAUAUGUCGAAAGUGGUUGAUACUCUUUUUAGUAAAACAAAGAAACUUUCUUAG